GUACACAAACAUAAUUGAAUGAGAUUUGCAAUAGCUCUGAACAUAUAUGGACGACACGAAUUCUGAAGGGGAAAAAAUGCCAUUAGAAAAUAGCGGUGUAAAUGAAUUGAAACAGAAUGACGUUGAUAUUUCAAACAAAUCAUUGGAAACUUCGAAAUUCUCCGCAGAUAAUAAAUGGUUGCCAAUAAAGAAAAUGUUUUCCGACAAUAAUAAACCAGAUAAUGAAUCACAGAGCACCCCAUCUACCCUCACAUCAAAUGAUGGUGACGAUAUUUGGGGAAUCAGAUCUUUAUUUGAUUCUAUAAAACCUGUCAAACUUAAUUGCAAUUAUAAUUCAAAUGAAAAGGAGAAAACUCCAUCUGAAUUUGAUAUUAAAGAUGUUUCCGUAAUGAACGCGGAAAUACUUAACAACGCCAAUCAACUUGUGUUGAAUGCAGAUCAGGCUGGAUAUGGAUCCAAAGAAGUAUCGUCACCAAAUACUGCAGAAAAUAGCGUACAAUCAACUUCUAAGGAUACUGCUACUAAUCGUGGAAUAAGGAAUAAAGCAGCUUUGAUAGAUUUAGAUCGUUACCCUGAUGAUUUACUUUUCUAUUUAUUCUAUCUGAAUGUGGGCGACUUGCAGGACGAAAUCGCGGAUCGAUUGUAUAACAGAGGGUGGAGAUACCAUAUGGAGGAACAGGCAUGGAUAAAUACAAUACCUGGAAUGAUACCAUUUGAAAAAUCUGUCGUAUAUGAAAAGAGUAUGUAUUAUUACUUCGAUGUAAAAGAUUGGAAAAUCGUUGCAAAAGUAUUUCAACUAGAAUACAGUAAAAUGGGAGGCUGGCCAAGAGAUAAUAACUAAUUAUAUUAUUGUUUAAUUUACACGAUUUUUUACAUAAUGUCGGUUAGAUACUGUAAUAUCUGAAUAUUUUUGAAUAAAGUUAUUGGCUUAAAA